GGAGAGGAGAAGGAGGUGAUGGCGACCUGGGGAGGGGGAGACCGCUCCGUCUGGCAGGCGCCACCCGGGCUGGGGUCACCUUUUCAGGUGGCUUAACGGCUCUGGAGUGGACGUGUACCCCCGGCUCUUCGCCGUGUUCGGGACCCAGACCCUCCCCUCCCCAGAGAACCUGGACACAGCUUAUCUUCCUCAUCUAUAACGAGCGUGCGGCGAGGGGAUUGAGGGCAGGAUGGAGGGCGGGGAUGACUUCCUUUUUUAAAGAACGGAAACCUGGCACGGUUUCUAGGGAGGAGUGUGUGUCCCUCCUUGUCCCCUUUGCGCCCUGCGGCCGGCUAGAACCCCCUCAGGCCCCGGUCUGUGGACUCAGGAGUGAGGCCACUUCCAGGAGGGCCUUUUAGACUAGUGAGGGGCCUCUGGAGAACUGGCAGUCGCCUGGGUUCCCAAGACUGCUUUUGAGUGAAGAGCUACUUCCGGGUUCUGCGUUAAAGUACUUAGGGUCUUCUGCUGUCCAUCUGCUUUGCGGUGCAAGGGGAUCGUUCUUGCCAGAUGCUUUGUGGGAAAUUUCAGUGGAGAUGUCAAUAUUUUGGCACAGAUGUCCAAGAAGUGACAGUGCUGAAGGGAUUUAACUCUACAUGUCUGGCACAGAUCUGCGGCUCCUAAGAUUGCCAAUAGAUCAUUUGAAGCAUGAUUUAUAAAGAAAGUCAGAUCUCAAGGGUGUCCUGCAAGAUGUCUUAAAAAGUCUUAACUCAGAGAUGGCAGUGAUUGAAACAUAGUGUGGGAAGGAAGAACAAUAUAUAAAGAAGAAGAAACAGCUGUAUUGAGGUAUAAUUUUUAUACAAAAAAAAACUACACGUUUAACAUAACACAAUUUGAUGAGUUGGGACAUAUGCAUAUACCUAUGAUACCAUCACCUAAUAAUCAAGGACUUGGCUCAGCAAGCAAAAGAAACACUGAACAAAGGAGAGGAAACCAACAAAGAUAAAUUUGGAAGCACUGAAUGCAGCAAAACAAGAACAAUGGAUCUCAAGUUCAACAGUUCCAGGAAAUAUAUUUCUAUAACUGUCCCUCCCAAAACACAGACAAUGUCACCACACAUCAAGUCAAUAGAUGACGUUGUAGUGCUUGGCAUAAAUCUCAGCAGAUUUAACAAACUUACUCAGUUUUUCAUAUGUGUUGCUGGAGUUUUUGUAUUUUACCUAAUUUAUGGAUAUUUACAGGAAUUAAUAUUUUCAAUGGAGGGUUUUAAGUCCUUUGGCUGGUACCUAACUUUAGUACAGUUUGCAUUUUACUCCAUAUUUGGCCUAAUAGAACUUCAGCUUAUUCAGGACAAAAGGAGAAGAAUACCAGGAAAAACCUACAUGAUAAUAGCUUUUCUAACUGUGGGUACUAUGGGGUUAUCAAAUACUUCCUUGGGCUACCUGAAUUAUCCCACCCAAGUCAUCUUCAAGUGCUGCAAAUUGAUUCCUGUUAUGCUAGGAGGAGUUUUUAUUCAAGGGAAGCGUUACAACAUUGCAGAUGUGUCUGCUGCCAUAUGUAUGAGCCUUGGCCUGAUAUGGUUCACCCUAGCUGACAGCACGGUUGCACCAAAUUUCAACCUGACCGGUGUGAUCCUUAUUUCCCUGGCACUGUGUGCGGACGCCGUCAUUGGGAACGUUCAAGAGAAAGCCAUGAAACUGCACAAUGCUUCCAACUCAGAAAUGGUUUUGUAUUCGUAUUCCAUCGGUUUUGUGUACAUUUUACUGGGAUUGACAUGCACUAGUGGAUUAGGCCCUGCAGUAACAUUUUGUUCAAAGAAUCCAAUUCAGACCUAUGGUUAUGCUUUCCUUUUUUCCCUCACUGGGUAUUUUGGAAUCUCCUUUGUUCUGGCUUUGAUUAAAAUUUUCGGUGCACUUCUUGCUGUAACAGUGACAACCGGAAGAAAAGCAAUGACUAUCGUACUUUCAUUUAUGUUCUUCUCCAAACCAUUCACAUUUCAGUAUGUCUGGUCUGGUUUGUUAGUUGUCCUUGGUAUAUUUCUCAAUGUUUACAGCAAAAAUAUGGAUAAACUAAGACUACCAGCACUAUAUGAUCUGAUAAACAAAAUAGUGGAAAUGAGAAAGUCAAGGACGUUGGCACAAACCGUAUAGUGAGUGAUUCAUCCUGUUUAAAACAGAACUCGAAGGGAGUAACCAUCAAGUAAUUAACUUUCCAAAGGGAUUAUUAUAAAAACCAAAGGAUCUGAAGGCAUGCUACCCAUUUGUGGAUGGGUCACCUACGAAGUCAGCCUUUUCUUCAGGAUACUUGUUUAACCGUUUGACUUCUGAAGCAAUCAAGAGAGCCACAUCUGGCACGCCUUAGAAUCAAAUGUCAGUGUGAAGGACUGACAUUUCUUAGCAACCUGUUGAGAAUUGCACUGGAAAUGGACCAUGUUGCAAAACUAAUUGGAUAUCAUUAUGACAUAUCAAAGAAAUUGAUAUAAUAAUAUCAAUUAAUAGAUUGUUUUGUUUUCAUUCCAUUUUGGUGGUGUUAUUUAAAUGAUUCUCUGUUAUAAGAGUGAACUGAUGAUUUAAAGUCUAGAAAGAAUAACUUCAUUAUAAAUAAAAAUUAUUCUGUGAUUUUUUUAAAUAAAUGUGUUAUUAGAAUUCUGUUAUGAAGAGGGAAGUGAAGGUUGGAGUAAGUCUUUACAGAAACUUUAAAACUUAGGCUUUUCUCCGAUAAUUUAGUAGGAGUAUUAGAGGAAACGUGCUUUAAGUUUUCUGUGAAAUAUAGACAGCAUAAUAAAAGGAGUCAUCCUGCAACCUGUAAGUAUGUGUCGCAGAAAAAAUUGCUACUAUUCAUCAAAGAAGUGCUAAAAGAUUUAAUGAUUUGGAUUUUUUAAUUGAAGGGAAAAUAAUGCAUGCCUUAAAUUAUAAUAAAAUAAUAAAACCAUCAUAGUUUUUCUCAUAAAAGUGAAAUUUAAUUUGGCAGCUUAAAGAUUAAAUAGGGUAAACGUAAGAAACACAAGUAGAUUUUGCCAAAUUUGUACAGUAUCUUGUUUGCACAGUUUUGAGUAUAAACUCGUAAAGAUUUUGGCUCUUAUUUUGUAGCAGUUGAGUUUUGGAAUUGCUUCCACUGUAUUAAAAAAGUCCAAUUAAUCUUCAUUUUCAGCGUAAGUAAUGCUAGUUAAAACAGCUUAGUUUCUGUGUUAUUGGUGAUAUCACUUAUAUUUUGUGAGUAUAAUAUACUUGGAAUAUUAAUCUUGUUCUGAAAAUUCCAUUGUAUUCUGAUGGUAAUUUUAACCUGUUAUGUGCAUAUGUGGGUGUAACAGAGCCCGUGAUAAUUUAAGGAUCUAGCCAUAAGGAAUUCUGACUGAAAAUCAGUUACAUGUUAAAAUACUCUGAGGGUAUUUUUCCCCAAAUGGUAAUCAUUUUUUAAGUUUUCGUAUUUUAAAAUGAAAGGAAUCUUAAUUUAUAUUUCAUUAUCCUUUCUUAAACUCUUAAGACGGUAAGGAAAUUUGUGCCAUUAAAAAAAAUCAGUUUUCCCGAGUUCUUGAUAAAAGAUUAUAAUUUUAACUUUUCAAGGCAUCCUUUUAUGUACACGCUUUUCUAAUUUUUUUGUCUUUGCCUGUUAAGAAUUCCUCACCCCACCCCCCAAUUUUAAACAGCUGAGGACUGUUUAAAAAUUGGUUUGCCAGCCUAACCCUUUUACUCCCAUUUCCUUUUUUUACCUGCUAUCAGAUGGAAGCAAACUUCAUCUCACUUAUUUGUGUCCCUAGAGUACCCUUAGUGAAUAGUUUGAAAUACAGAAUACUUUUCUAUAGUAAAGGAAAUCAAUAUUUGAAUGUAUACUUUGUGUCAGGUUUUCUAAUAGCAUUCGUAAAUAUUAUGUGAUCCCAACAACCCACG